CUGGCCUGAACUUCAGGUUACCAUCUAGCGCAUUUUGACACAAGCGGGCUACAUUUCGUUGUCAAUUUGUAAAAGUUUCGGAUUUUUAAAGGUUUUUAUAUGAUAUUCAAUCACGUUUUCUUUAUUCCACCGAUAUAAGUUAAAGAAUGAGCGAUUCUGGGGAAGAUUGGGACACAGAAAUUAGCUCUGGCGUUUCAAAAACUGUGCAUUGGAUGACCGGUGAAUCUAACUCCAUUGCGAAUUCGCAAAAUUCUGGAUUUUCUACUCCUGAAAUACGGUUUGGUCGUGGAAGGGGAAGAGCUAAGGGUCCUUCAGACGAUUGGCGAACAACCAAUGGAUCAAACAGUUCUGCGGCUUCUGCCUGGCACAAUUCCGAGCGCAACCAGGAUUUGGGUAAUGCCUGGCCAAGGAAACCAAGAGGGGGGUUUGAUUCAAGGUUUUCAGCAAGGGAUGAACAGCUAGUACAGUCCAGGGGAUUUGAAUCUGGGGAGUGUGGGGAUGGAAUAUCAGGUGCACGUUGGGGUGGUGGGGGAGCUUUGAGGAUGGAAGUAUCGAGUCGAGAUGUGGGCAAGAUUAUUGGUAAGGUCCAUCAACAAAUAGAUUCUGUCCACUGAUUGCGCGGCCUUGUUCUGCAAUUGCUUCAACCCCUUUGCGGACCAAUCCAAUGAACUUUUAGCCAGAAAAGGAAGUUUUUAUCCUGAUUAUUUUGUACUUGUGGAUUCAAGGCUGACCCCUUCCCCCCAUUGUGGAACAAGUUCGCCAUUGGUGGACGAAAUCUCUUUGUCGACAGCCCCUAAGUUGAACCAAAGCCGUAGUUCUGUGGCCAGUCGUUAAUUCAAAAGCAGCUUAGCUUUAGCCCCAUACAGACAACAAUAUUUUCCCUGUCAAGUUUUCCUUUACAAGAUUUAUUUGCUUGCGUUAUGGCAAAAAUUGACAAUUUUUUCUUGCCAACCUGUACCAAACAUUAUGGCGUGACAUGAGCGAUGUUCAGGCCAUAACAUACAACUUGUGUAUCUCAAAUGUGACGUUCUCAAGUGAUACAUUGAGUGAGACAUGAGCAAUCUAAUGAGUGUGACAGUCACACAGUGAUAGUUGCCAUGUCUGAAACAUGACAUUUUUGUGUAAGACAUGAGCAAUAACGAGUCUGACAAUCACACAGUGAUAAUCAGCGUGUCUGAAACGUGCCAUUUUCAAUGAAAUUCACUGAUGCUGGGCCAUAUAUUUGUCAGGCCAUAAUUUUUCUCUGGCCUGAUUUUGCUGUACUAUAUAACUCCAAUUGAGUUUAUGCACACAAGUAAAUAACACACAUCAAUAAACAUACCAAGAUAGGACAAUGAUAAUAUGUCAAAAAUACAAAGCAAGUUAUUAAAAAUUUAGUGAUUGGAAUUAAAAAUAAUUGACAAUAGUUUACAACUUUUGGAUAAAAUACAUUUGUAAAGAUGUCUUUUGUUCAAGUAUUUUCAUGCAUACAUGUAUUUUCCUUUCCAAUCAACAGCGAUUAAAUUUAAUUUAUAUUUCAAGAUUCAAAGAACAUCAUGCUAUUGCAAGAUGCUUAAAUUGCUUGAUAUUAAAAGCAUUAUCUUGUUUUACUAACAGACAUAUCAUUCAUUAUGAAGGCAAGUUCAUAUUAAAAUGCAUAUCUACAUUGACAUUAGGGCCAUUUCUAUUAGCGAAAUUAAGCUGUGGCUUUGAUGGCUUGUGAAUGACUUGUGUAAACGUGAAUUCGUUUGCAAGCAGAGGUUAAAAUAAGACAACAGGGUUGAAAGAAAGCUAAGCUUAAAGUAAAACAUUGCAAAUUUACUGUUGGUGUGCGUCGACUGUGACUUUUCUGGCCACAGCUGCAGACUUUCGCCUGUGUACAAGCAUCUAACAGCCUUUGUUCCUUAUCUCACUCUGCCUUGCUAUUUCACUGUAAAAGAAGUGUGACAAUUGGAGCAAGACAAUAUGUCCUUGUGAUGUCACACUCAUUCAGGCCAAAUUUUCGGCCAUAAACACAAUACAAAUGUCUGGUUUGUAUGCAGGCAAAACCAAUUUCUAUUUGUGUCUCACUCAAUUACCGCUGCUUUACUUGGUUUAUGACCAGAUCCUGGCCGGAAUCUCACUGAGGCUGGCCGGAAUCUCGCUGAGUCAGGCUGUAAUUUUUUGUACGGGAAAGAGUCUUGUUCAAAAGCUAGUCGUGCUACAGUAGCUUUUGGACAAGGAAAAUUCUCUCAUAUGUAGGGACACAGAUUAUUUAAGAAAUAGAAAACAGGUCAAGCGUGUUUAUGGUGUGAUAAUGCACACAGGGAAUGUUGGGAGGCGUAUAGCUGAGUUUUUUACCCGGUUCUCAAAUAUUCUCCCAACAUUCCCUGCGUGCUAUCAACAAAAACAGUCAUGGACCCGUGACUAACCAUUGAAUUUUGAUUAAAUUAUUAUUAAUAAUAAAUUUAAUAACUAUUUAAGUCAGUGAACACUGCCAGUAUAAAACAGCUCCACUUUUUGAACCAUUCACAUUUUAAGUGCCUCGCCAAACCAAACUUUAAGCUUUACACGUACCAAGCGUUUGAAACAAUGCAGCAUUUCUAAAAUGAUUAAUUGGUGAACGUGAUCAUCAACAAAGUGGUAACCUGCAUGACACCAGGGUUUUUUUCAGGAUUUUCUCUUGGGUCCGUUUUUGCAGGGAAGAUUGAGUUUAGCUGAACAGCUGGGGUGGCUGCACCCCCCCCUUACUGGGGAGCUGACACUCAAUAUAUGUAGUUGAGAUGGAAUGUGUUAAAGCAGGGGCACUAAGGGACACUAUAAACUGGUUAAAGAUGGCGAGUGCGUAGUUUUUCUUGUGUUGCAAGAUGAAUUCCAUCCAUUUUUUCUUAAUUGUUGGGCUUCCAACUGAAAACUAAUUUCCACAUGUCACAAAAUUUUAUAACUCAAUUGAACGCCCACAAUUUGGCUUCACGGCCCAUCAUAGGAGUUAUCGUUCCAGUUUACUUAUAGUUCAAUGGCAUGACAACGAUUGUUUAAUAAUUAAAUAUUAUCCAACCCUACUAAUGUCUAAAGCCUUUGUUUCCAUUAACCUUUGCUGUAGUCCAUGAAUUUCCUGAUAUAUGGCAAUCUCGUUCUCAGAGUACAUGUAUGCCUGUUCGCGGGUUACAUAACCCGCGAACAGGUAUUCUCUGGGAACGAGAUUGGAUAUAUGGCAUUAAAAGUCUUUUAAGCCUGUACAAACCCUGCUGAUUCGCACAAUUUUCAAACCUUUUUUAAACUUUCAAACUUUUUUUAACUUAGUAUAAGACAUGUCAACUGCAGGGCCAGCUUGCAUACCCUUGCUAUGACACAUGACUUUGCAUAUAUAUCAUGUUAUAGGAAAGGGUGGCCAAAGUAUCAAAAAUAUUCAAAACACUUCUGGAACACGAAUCAAG